AAUUAAUAGCUAGUUUGGCAUGAUUUGGUCUUAUGUUAAAGUACAUGUUCUUCUUAGAGAUCAAGGAAGAUAUAGGAAUAGGAAGAAUGAGAUAGCAACAAAUGUUUUAGGUGUAUGCCCCCGUGACAUGAGAUUUACAUAUGUAUUGCCUGGAUGGGAAGGUUCUGCAGCAGAUGGUAGAGUUCUACGGGAUGCGUUAGUUAGAUCAGAUCCAUUAAUUGUUCCCAAGGGCAAGUACUUUCUUGUUGAUGCGGGUUAUGCAAAUAGCUCCGGUUUCUUAGCUCCAAAUAGGGGAGUUAGAUAUCAUCUUAGCGAGUGGUCUGCUAGUGGGAGCAAGCCUCAAAAUUUUAAAGAGUUAUUCAACCUUCGACAUUCAAUUGCUCGAAAUGUGAUUGAAAGGACAUUUGGUUUGUUCAAGAAGCGGUGGGCCAUUUUGAGAGAUGCAUCUUUUUUUGAUGUUAAGACUCAUGUCAUGAUAAUUAAUGCAUGUGCCAUCCUUCAUAAUCUUAUUCGAGUAGAACAACCAAAUGACCCUUACUUGGAUGAAGUUGAUGCUGAGAUGCGAAGAGUACAACAUGAGGUUGAUGAUGAAGAUGAAAUGGAAGAUGAAGAUGAGGAAAAUGAAAUGGAAGAUGAUGGUCCAAAUAAUGAUGGUGGUGUAAAUGCUGUUAACGAGAAUCGAAUUCGAACAGUACAACCAACUAGCGAGUGGACACAAUUUAGGAAUGCUUUAGCACGAGCAAUGUUUAUUGACUAUCAAAUUAGACAAGGCCAUCAUGGAAGUUGAAAUUUGAUAGGAAUUUAUUCGAACUUAAUUUAAUAUUAGAAUGGCCAUUUAUUGAAAAAUAGUAGCAAUGUAUAACUGUGCUUUUCUUUCUCUUUUUUUUUUGGCUAAAAACACUU